CAACGAAGUGGCGUUAGACUACAAUAGUGGUUUCCAAGGGGCAGUGGCUGGCCUCAAGCAGCUCAGUGUGCAAAACCUUUUGAACGACGACGUGCCUACAAGGCAAUAGACGAGGCUGUGUUUUUCCCACUAUAAGGGGGGAAGGAGACUUGUCGAGGAAAGGGGAUGGGGAGGGAAGCCGGUGGACUUUGAUGAUAGGGAGGGCGGAUGGCCCCACUGCGUGGAAGGUAUGACAGGCUGCACGAGGACAGAUACAUUAGAUUGGCGUAACGCAUGUCAAACGAAGGGGUUUUGGCUUGUGAAAAAGCAAUAAUGGAAGGUUGUUGGGUGGUGGUAAAGGGAAGGGACACGGGAAAAGUCUGAAAAGGGCGGGAUAGAUAGUGAGACAUGGGGACAGAUGUGUUGGGUUGAUGGAAAAGGUGAAAAACACAGAGUGCUGAUGAAAAGUACGAAGCCACCUGCAGCCUUCACGCUCGUGCCCAAAUGUGAAGUAGAGGUCAAAGGGAAAAAUCAACGCUGGGAAUCGAAUUAAAAGGGGUCAAAUAUAUUCAUUUGCAUGUCACUGGUGGGAUUGGUAUGCUUUCGCAGACAGGGCUCUUUUUGAAAGCGGCUCAAAUCAGAGCUAUCUGCAAGUAAUGAUGAAG